AUGAAUGUUGACCGAUACAUCUCUCGAGCUCAUGACCUUGGCAUUUCGGACGAGCUCAUCGAGAAGUCGUUGAAUAAAAUGGCCGCUAAGUUAAAGACGUCUGGUCGAUGGUCUGAGGCAGCCAAGGCUUUGAGAGUUGCGAGAGCUUCCUCUGGCUUGCUCAUCGAAGCGUAUUCGAAGGCAGGUGAAUGGAUGAAUGCAGUGGAGGUCGCAGAACGUUCCAAAGAGAUGUCAGCGGUAAAAGACCUACUGGUUGAUCGUGCUCAUGCUAUGCUCAAGGAGUUUGCGGUUCGAGCAGAACAGUUCCAUAGUCACACAAAACGGCUUGAGGUUGUUCGUGGCAUCAAAAGGGAACGUAUCAUCAAUGUGAAAGACGGUAUCGAAAAUGGCGGAGAUCUUGAGGUAACACAGUAUGCUAAAGAUGUCAAGUGCCUGACGUUAUGA